GACGAUAGUGUUUCCAACCUGUGGACGCUCUGGUACCAGGAACGCGGAGUUAAGGCUGCCGCACAACUCGGCGAGGCCGAAGUCUUGACGGGAAAUCCCCGCGGCUGGAUCAAAGCCGAAGCGAUUCUCCGCGAGCUAAUAAGCGAGUACGGCGUCUACUGGACCGAACCCGUAAAUCGCCUGGCCACAUUGUACUACAUACAAGGCCGACUCGAAGAAGCCGAAGUUCUUUGCAAAAUUGUCUUGCAACUCAAGCCUUGGCAUUUCGGAGCGCUUUCUGGA